AUGACUUCAAUUUAUCAUAUCCAGAUAGUUGUAGCUGAGAGUGGUAUAGUAGUGAUUGUGGUUGUAGAUGAGAGUGGUAGUAUUGGUGGUGUUUGUGGUGGUAGUUGUGGUGAUGAUGUCGGUGGUAGUUGUGGUGAUGAUGUCGGUGGUAGCUGUGGUGAUGAUGUCGGUGGUAGUUGUGGUGAUAUUGGUGGUGGUAGUUGUAGUGAUGAUGUCGGUGGUAGUUGUGGUGAUGUUGGUGGUGGUAGUUGUGUUGAUGAUGUCGGUGGUAGUUGUGGUGAUUUUGUCGGUGGCAGUUGUGGAGAUGUUGGUGGUGGUAGUUGUGGUGAUGAUGUCGGUGGUAGUUGUGGUGAUGAUGUCGGUGGUAGUUGUGGUGAUAUUGGUGGUGGUAGUUGUGGUGAUUAUAUCGGUGGUAGCUGUGGUGAUUAUGUCGGUGGUAGUUGUGGUGAUGAUGUCCGUGGUAGUUGUGGUGAUGAUGUCGGUGUAGUUGUGGUGAUGAUGUCGGUUGUGGUUGUGGUGAUUUGUGGUGAUGAUGUCGGUGGUAGUUGUGGUGAUGAUGUCGGUGGUAGUAGUAAUGACGUAGGUGGUAAAGGUGGUAGUAGUAGUAGUAACGGUGGUGGUAGAAGUGGUGAUGGUGAUGGAAGUGAGAAGGUGGUGAAGGUGGUGGUAGUGGUAGUGAGAGAGUGA